AUGAUGACGAUCAAGUGUGUCGUGGUGGGAGAUGGUGCCGUUGGUAAAACGUGCUUACUGAUCUCUUAUACCACCAACAAAUUCCCAGAGGAUUACGUCCCUACCGUGUUUGAUAACUAUGCAGUGACGGUCAUGAUCGGCGACGAACCAUAUACCGUGGGGUUGUUUGAUACUGCCGGACAAGAAGACUACGAUAGACUCAGACCGCUGUCCUACCCACAAACAGACGUGUUUUUGAUCUGUUUCUCUGUGGUUGUGCCUUCGUCGUUCGAUAACGUUAGAGAGAAGUGGUUCCCAGAAGUCAGCCACCAUGCUCCGCAGGUUCCAUGUUUGAUUGUGGGUACACAAAUCGAUCUGCGGAAAGACCCUACAGCACUGGCCAACUUGAUGAGACAGGGCCAGAAGCCAAUCUCGCCACAGCAAGGUGAAAAGCUCGCCAAAGACCUCAAGGCCGUGAAAUACGUCGAAUGUUCCGCUUUGAGCCAGGAGGGAUUAAAGAACGUUUUUGAUGAGGCCAUAGUCGCUGCACUCGAGCCUCCAGUCAUCAAAAAGACCAAAAAGUGCACCAUUCUAUGA